AUGCUACGUUCGUUGUCGCAAAAGCUACAGUUUGCCUCCCCUUUUGGCCUUCGGGAUUCUGAGCCUUGUGUCGAGCAAGUUCCGCUAAUUCCGUCCUCCUAUUUCUUUCAGGAACUGUUCAUCCAAUACCUCGCGCAACAAGGGCAUAACGUCGUGAAAUCUGAACGAAAACCGCGUAAGGUUAUUCAAUACAAGGAUCUAGCUACCGCUGUUUCACGAAUCGAUAAUCUGGAGUUUCUUGCCGACGUGAUACCCAAAACAACUACCUAUAAACAGUUCAAGGAGAAGAAAGCGAAAGAAGCCAGCAAAGACGCCGCGUUCGAGAAGGGACAGCGCACAUUGAACGGCACAAUACCAUCGAUGAUCAAAACAAAUGGCGAGGGUGGUCACCAGAAAGCUGAUAAGCCUUCUAUAAGCCCUCGGGCUCCCUCUCUCAGUACGCUGAUGGUUGACCGAACGGUUGAGGCGCAACCGGGGGAGAACGACCGUGACGUGGAAAUGGUAGACCAGUGA